AUGUUCACACCGGUCCAUACCUCGCUAGGCGCUCUUCUGCUCUACCAGAGCUCCUCGAGCCUGCUUCUUCAUAAUGGCUCGGUCUUUGGCGUCUCUUCCCUUCUCUCAGGGUUCAUGCUCAGACCGAGUCGAGACAAUGUUCCGAUCAUUGCCGGUUUGCUGUCAAGCGUGAUUCCAAUCUAUCUAUUGAUGCCGUCACUGUUACCGACGUACCCGGCAGCACCAUCAUCAUGGGGUUCCAUCUUGUCCACGAUCGGAACCGGAUUUCUCCUCGGCUGGGGAACAAAGAACGGUAGAGGUUGCACGUCGGGCCAUAUGCUCUGUGGUAUCUCGCGCUUAUCGCCGCGCUCGUUCAUCGCCACGGCCAUAUUCUUCACAACCGCUAUGUUGACGGCCAAUUUCGUGUCUGAUAUUCCGCCGUGCCCAACUGACAUCCCUUGCUACACACCCAUUUACCCUUCCAGCUCCGAGCUCGGGUUCAUCCUGGGUGCGACGGCUAUCACGUUCUUGACAAACACCUUCAUCGUACCAAAGACCAUGGCCAGAUCAGAGCUUUCGAGGUCAAUGUUCUCCUACUUGGCGGGUAUCCAAUUUGGAACCGGACUCUUCGUCUCCGGCAUGGCCGAUCCAGUCAAGGUACUUCGGUUUUUUGCGUUUCUCACCGAUCCGGCUCGUUUCGAUCCCUCCUUGGCGCUCGUCAUUCUUUUCGGGCUGUUGCCGUCACUUAUCACGUAUUUGUCUGUGAAGCCGGGCCAGAACACCAACCAAAGCAAAGGCAAGCAGGCGAAACCAACGCUGGCGGAAACUUGGAGACUGCCUACAGCUACUGUAGCUGAUAUCGACUGGCUUUUCGUGGCUGGAGCAGUGGUAUUCGGUAUAGCUUGGGGUUUGCGAGGAGUAUGCCCUGGUCCCGCUGUGCUGCGUUCAGUGCUGCAGCCAAAAUGGGGACUUGCGGAAAUGGCUGGGUAUAUGCUGGGAAAUUUGAUAUGA